UCGGGUUUGUUACAAAAAUUUGGUGUGGACAAAUAUGACGAUUGCUCCAUUUUGAAAUAUCUUAGUGAGGUUGAAAAUUGGUGUCCACUUCAGCCUGGAAGAAACAUUUCCACAGAGAAAUCUGUAGAGGACGCGCACCUACGUCGGAACAUAGAAGGUGCUUUUAAUAUCCUUAAGAAGUCUUAUUUUAAAUGGAGUCGAAAUCGAUUGUCCAGUUGGUGGUCCCGAUGGAUUGAUGGCGUUGAUACUCUGGCCGUGAAGCGCCACAAAAAACGAAGGAGAGUUAAACAGAAGAUUCUCGUUCAUCUCGGCUCUUUCGCUGACGUUCCUGCAUUAUUUUAUGGUGCUACGUCUGGCGGCCCUCUGGGAGAACUUGUGCAGUGGACUGAUCUCAUAACAUCGUUAUAUUUACUGGGACAUGAUCUAACUGUGAGUGCAUCGCGGAAGCAAAUAAUCGAUCUUCUUGGUCAACCGGAUAAAGAUGGCUGUGUUCCUGACAAACACGCGCGGGCUUCUCCAUUCGAUAUCAUAUUUACAGACAUCGUCGGUGUUCUUCACAUAAAGAAUACAACUGGCUCACUUUUUUCAAAGUAUAAAUGUCGUUUACGUGUCGUGGACUCCUUUGGUACGGAAGCAGAGUUCAAUCAUCGUGGAUACAGGAAACAUAUUCAGGGAGGAAAGUCACCUUGGGGAGGCCUGGAUCUAGAUCUUCGACAGUUCAUGACAAUGUUCCCUCACAGUCCCGACAACACAUUCUUGGGUUUUGUGUCCGGAGUUAAGCUAAGUUCGUCUGAAAGUAAGCGCAUCAUGGCGAAGAAAAGGGAUCAAGGUUUAGUGUAUGGCAAAGUCCUGGAAUACUGGAGGGGUAAUAUGCAGUAUUUAAAACUGCUAAGUCAGUAUGUCAAGGUUCAUGCAACGACGAUCAGUAUGGACAUCAGUGACAAACAAGGAGAAAGAGUCAAAUUACCUGGAUAUGUGGAAAAUCAUGGAAUCCUUCAACAUGGCGCUGUCGUGAAUCUUUUACAAAAGUCUAAGAUAUUUAUCGGACUUGGUUUUCCCUAUGAAGGUCCAGCUCCUCUUGAAGCUAUUGCCAAUGGAGCAGUAUUUAUUAAUCCAAAGUUCACGGAACCGAGGAACCGUUUCAAUACAAAAUUUUUUAAGGCAAAGCCAACAGGAAGAUCGCUAACAUCACAAAGUCCUUACCUGGAAGAGUUUGUCGGCAAACCUUACGUUUACACAAUUGACAUUAAAAAUCUUACCGAAGUAAACGAAACUUUAAAAAUGAUUUUGAAAAAGAAGGUUCCACCAUUUCUACCAUUGGAGUUUACGUGUCUGGGGAUGUUAGAGCGAGUCGAUGCUCUUGUUACGAACCAGGAUUUUUGUGAACGAAUUUUAUGGCCCCCGUUGAAGAAACUAAAGAUUAUUUUAAGCCAACCUGGCGAUUCAUGUAAGGAGACUUGUGCAGCUCAUGGACAGAUUUGUGAGCCCGCGUAUUGGGAAGAUAUCAACCAGAGGGCAUUCUUGAAGAAAUUAAGAAAAUGUCGAUCAUAUGAAGUAGUCAGCGCUCUCCAUGCACCGUCGUUGAACAGUGAAAACGACGCCUGCAAUCUUCAAGAGAAUGUUAUGCUGUUUUCAUGUGUUGCUAAGCAACCUUUAGUACGAAGAUUGUGUCCAUGUCGAGACUAUAGAAAGGAACAAGUGGCAUUAUGUGACGGAUGUUAUUAAUUUUGUUGCACGACACUCACUGGUUUCUUCAUACAACUCUGACAAUCUUCAGGUGUUCACAUUAUCCACAAUUAUCGCUACUUAUGGCUUGAGAUUUCCCAAAUGAACAAGAACCAUUUCAAAGUAUCCGUAACUUUUCCCAAAAUCAAGGACAUUCAUAAUUCCCCAAUUACUCUCCCGUUUUCGUGAUGAAUUUUCCAUCAACUAGCAGCUGCGUUUCUCCAUGACGGAGGCGGACCCGAAGAGAUAGCUAACUGUGCAAUGACUUUAAAAAGCGUUUUAAUGAAUGCUGCCUCAGUCAAUCAUAUAUGUUUUUCACAAAAACACACAUUAAAACACGAAUUUAAUUAAAAUCGGUUUUAUGUUAUGCUCUGUCAUAUAAUUCACACCCCAUGACAUCUCUGAGUAAUGCCUCUUUAUCUGCAUACGUUAUAUACAUGUUAAUGCAAGAUGUAAAUAUUCAAAAAUAAAUAUCUGAAUUUAAGCAAACAUAUUGUAAAUUUGAAGUUUUGAGGACGGAAGAAAAUUUCAUGUGACUUAUACUUAAAUGCAAUUAGAAAAAUGUCAAAUA